AUGUCGGUAGCAGCAAGCGUUCUCGGCUACGCUGGUCUUGGAUUCCUCACACGAUGCUACGCACUCGGUCUCCAGAAGCGAAACAUCUUUGAGAACCUCGGCGGUCACGCGAUGCUCAUGACAGCAUUCGGCGGACUCGGAUACUACAUCCACGGACUCGAGGGUCGUCAACUCGAGCUGAUCGCACAUAAGAAGGAGCAGAUCUUGAAGAACCGUGAACGAGUCGCGGGCUCAAGCUCGAACAACGACGACGAAGAGUAG